GCGCGGCGGUGACCUCCCGCCCCUCUCUGUACAGGUCCCCUGACCAGUACAUGGGCCCUCCCCUCCUGUACAUGGGCAAGGUGGCCAGCGGCAUCAAAGGGCUGUUUCACAGAAACCCAAAGCAGGCUUCUCUSGACAGCCAUGCUGCUGCACAGCUCAGCCAUAAGCACACGUUCGGCGCCCACCUGCUGCGCCGCACGGCCAGCGCGCCCACCAAGGUCCUGCCCAAGGUCAAGAAGGGUUUCCCCGAGAUCGCCAUCGACACCAAAGACUACCGCUCAGAAGGCACCAGCGAGGACCGGGAGUUAGAGGACAGCCACCUCAUUGCUUCCUCCCAGCCCCCGCUGCUCCACCAGGGCACCUGGGACACCACGGCCGCCGUUGCCCCCGCCGCAUCACGCCAAGGYACCAACAGGCACCAUGGCACCAACGAGGCUUUCCACCCCGACRAGGGCAAAGACCAUUCCACAGUGCAGAGACCAGCUCCCCCUAUUCGACUGCUCGCACCAAUCGCUGAUGAUCUGGGGGAYCGCCAUCUCACUCACUCCUCUUCCACUCCAGCAGACCACUCAUCCACACGUCACUCCCCACCUCCACCGCUCCCUAUAUCCACAGCAAUCACCAUCUUCACCUCAUCCCCGGCUUCUAACAGUGAGGCGGACAGUCCCGUCAACGGUAGGGGGGAGGAGGGUCCCGUCAACGGUAGAGGGGACAACAAGAGACCACCUGCCCUUCACAGGACUACCUCGGCCCCUGUGACACAUGACCCCAAAGACCUGAAACCCUCACAGUACAGCGGAGACCCCCGGGUCGAUGAUGGCACCUCGUCACCCAGGGAGCACUCUCCAAGCCGAGARGAAGCACCGUAUACACAGUCAGGCCACACAAAGGACGAUGCUGAGCUCAAGACUGAGCCAAGUGCRAAGUCCCCUGUUCCUCUCGCCGACYCCUCURUAGACGCCAGCCCUCGGAAAGUCCAGGCCCUGAGAGCUCUGUUUGGCAGCAGCCCAUUGAACACGCCUGUCAGAAGGACCAAAAUCGAGGGCCACGUGCAGGCGGUGGCUGGGGGGCAGCAGCAGUCAUCAGUAAUGCCAGAGGUGUGCACCGACGCCACCCUGAAYGACCGGCUGUGGAGCAAGCUGGAGCCCAAGUCAUGCAGCCACAGAGACAGCGUGUCCUCAUCCUCCAGCAUAUCGUCCAACGACACCGUCAUUGACCUGUCCUUGCCCAAUCUGGCCAGGAAGAGCCUCACCUGUCUGAGCAACAGAACCUCCCCGGGCGACAUCUUCCCGGACCCACCCUCCUGGGUCAACCGGCCACGCUCUGCCAUAGCCUCCUUGGAGACGCUGCAGGUCAGCAAGAGCAAGUCCAACCCCAACCUCCUGCAGGGCCACCUGGGGGAACCAGAAGACGAACUGCAGCCCAGGCCCCUCGGCGCCCCCAGGGAGCCUCCAGUGGACUCACCCAGCAGAAUAACCCAGAGGAGGCACACCUGGAGCCGCCUCUACAUGGAAGGGCUGAAGCAUUCCUCCCCCCCAGCUAAGAGGCCCUCUGCUGCAGAAGCCCUUGCUGCUGCCGCAACCAGCCCCCUGGAUACCGUGGCCUCUAUGUCUAAGAGCCUGGGGGACUUGACCUCGGAUGACAUUGCCUGCAACUUUGACAGCAAGUACCGCAGCAUCACCCGCAGCUUCAUCAUUAGGCCUUCCCGGAACGACCUGCGGCAGGGUUACCCUAACCAUAWUCCCCAGAGGCCCCGGCUGCCCAGCGACCUAACUGAGCAGCUGAGGAGGCUGACGGACGUGGAGCCCCUGACAGCUCGCGACUUUGCCCCCCAGGUGCGGCAGGGGCCCCUGGAGGAGCCUCAGGAGGAGCCCCCGCUACGGAGGACGUCGUCCCGAAGCCAGAGCAGGGUGCGCUACAUCGCCAACAGGGCUAAGCAGGCCCAAGAGAGGCAGAGGCUGCAGGGUCUCAACCAGUCCCACCCUGCUACUGGCGCUGCUAACGCUAGUAUUAGCAGUGGCGGUUGCCCCAUGGAGGAGCGGGGGAACCCGGAGGGGGCGUGCUGCGUAGCCCGGAGCCCCUGCGCUAGCCUGGACCUGCUGAGCCAGCUCAGCACCCCAGGGCCCCCCAACAGACAGUCCCAGACCUCUCUGAACUCUGACAACMACGAGGUCUUUUUCAUGCUCAAGCUCUGAGAAUCAGACUCCUUUUGGAACUGAGCGUGAGAGAGACACUGAAGCAUAACUCAUUUAAAUUUCCAUCCAGCUUUCUAGGAAGGUAAAUUGUAAUUUUUAAAAGAAUGACAUUCUGUAUAUCUUGAUAGGAUGUGUUUUUAAAUGUAUUUAAUCAAGCAGAAUAAUGCUACUUCCAGACAGUCACAAGCACCGUUUUACUUUGGUCAAUGUGUUCAGUAACUCACAUCAACUAUGAACACCUAUACAUAGCAAAUGCUUAGCUGGUCACAAAGGAUGGACUAGUCAUUUUUACCACAAUGGUCACAACAAACACCAACUAAUUGCUCAGAAAUAAUAGAAACAGCAAUGAGUUGUCUAAUGAAAGCAUCCUUUACCAAUGCACUCAUUUGUUUGCACCAAAUGAGGAACGGUGGAAUGUGAUUGGAAAAGCAAUGCCUGCCUGACUGUCUAGGUUCACAGUGACUACCAUGUUUGUAUAUGCCUGACUGUCUAGGUAAACCGUGACAUCCAUGUUUGUAUAUGCCUGACUGUCUAGGUACACAGUGACUUCCAAGUUUUUAUAUGCCUGACUGUCUAGGUACACAGUGACUUCCAAGUUUUUAUAUGCCUGACUGUCUAGGUACACAGUGACUUCCAAGUUUUUAUAUGCCUGACUGUCUAGGUUCAAAGACUUUUAUGUUUUGAGUAUUUAUUGUGAGUUGACCUGAUCCUAAAGUAGCAAUAGACAACCAUUAGUGGAGUUUUACUAUUCUAAAACCCUUUUUAAACUUAAAAUUUUAACGAUAUGUAUAUACUGUACUUUUAAAAUGUGUAGAGAUGUUCUGUUUUUUUUUGUAGAUAUUUAUUGAGCCAGUAGUUCUGAAAGUAGCGCUCAUGAGACAAAACUGGUCCUCGAAAACUGCGUACAUCACAUCUUAGCUCUCUCUUUUGCUCUGCUGUGUGUGUAUCUUGCUAGCUGUCACUCAAACGGCGAAGGGCUGAAGCUCAUUGGCUUGAACUUGAAUUGCUCGGGGGCUGACCCAUGUGGGGAAAAAUGGCGCCGCACGCCUUCCAGCUUUCAAACUAGAGAUUCCGUGGCUAAUUUGAGGUUAGACAGUAAUUAUUCUCAUAGAUUCUGCAUGUAUGAUUUACAUGUUGACACAUCCAGCCCAAAGCGGGAGGUUUAUAAAAUACUUACUAGUCGCCAAAGUUCUUGAUCAUGUCUUUUAAGAUUGAAUAAUAAACUGUGUUAACUCAUUAUGUAUCACCAGUAGCCCAGCCAUGUGCUAGCAAUAUUUGUAAACAACUUAAACAAGUGUAAUAUAUUGCAGAUUAUGGGAAAAAUGUAAAGAUUGUUGUUUAGUCAAUGUGGAGUCUUUACUGAAAAGGUUAARAGUAAAUGGCAACAAUAAUUAUUUUUUUUCCUAAAAAGUCUUAAAUCCAACUUUUUAAAUUUUGUGAGUACAGUGAAGUGUGAUUUGAGUGAGCUGCCAGKGAUUUGGAAAACUGUACCAUGCAAGUUAUUUUAUUCUAGACAACACAGUGGGAGUGUUGUUUUUUUUACCAUCAAGACUCUACUCCUGCUACCUGUUAAUUUGACUGCAUGUUUUUAAACACUGUUAUGUACGUCUCUCUUAUUUUAUUAUACAAAAAAGUUUUUUUAUAUGGGAACUGAUUUGUCGACGACUUCUUGUCUUGCUCAGUGUUCAGGCUGUUGAAUGGUGAUUGGCUACACUGUCUUUGUAGAUACUCAACCAGAUAGCAUUGACCCCGUUUCCAAGCAUGUUUAUUUGUUCUGUACCGUUUGCGCUGCCAUGCCAGUUCUCUGCAAAACUUUAGGAAUAUUAUUGAAGUAAAAACCAGAUGUAAUUAUGAACUGAAUAAAUCUCUCCUGUAUAUUUAA